CUCCGCCGGACUCAGCACUGCCCCUUUAUCUGCAAUCAUACUGAGAGUCAUCCAGCACAGGGCACAGGACUGAGGGGAGCACAGGAGCCAUGGCCGUGUUCUCAGCGCUUUAUUCACUCUUUCUGUUCCAGCUGUUGACAUCGUCUCUCGCUCAGCAAAAGCCGGGUCCUCGGGGUGCACCUGGAGCGCCAGGGCCGCUGGGACCCCCAGGGAAAGAUGGCAUCGACGGUAAACCUGGCCCUGCCGGACUUCCUGGAAAGCCUGGGCUGAAAGGUAAAGCAGGUAAACCUGGGGCCGCAGGAAGCCCGGGACUGCCUGGCCUCCCUGGUGUGGAUGGUUUGACUGGUCCGGACGGUCCAGCUGGCAAGGAUGGACCAUCAGGAGCAGCAGGUGACCCAGGACCUCCCGGACCGGACGGACCCCCUGGCAGAGGCAGACCAGGAGCUCUGGGUCUUGCUGGAGCUAAUGGACUUCCAGGUGGACCAGGACCUCAGGGUCCGCCGGGGCCCGAGGGUCUUCCAGGACUACCUGGUCUUCCAGGCCCAGAUGGACCUCCUGGACUUCCAGGAACUCUUCCUGAAGGCAGUGGAGAUCUGCUGUGUCCAGCCAUCUGUCCUCCAGGUCCUCCUGGACCCCCGGGAAUGCCUGGAUUCAAGGGUCAUACAGGUCAUAAAGGAAGUAAGGGAGAGGUGGGGAAAGACGGAGAGAAGGGUGAUCAGGGCCCGCCGGGGCCAUCGGGAAUCCCAGGGACAGUGGGUUUACAGGGUUCUCGAGGGCUGAGAGGACUGCAGGGGCCAGUGGGAGCAGUAGGAGACAGAGGAUUGCCUGGCUUCAGAGGAAAACCUGGAAUUGCUGGCAUCAUUGGAAAAACUGGUGAUGCUGGUGAGAAAGGACCGCAAGGUUUCAAAGGGCCCAAAGGAGAGAUAGGGAAAAUAGGCCCAAAGGGACUCCCUGGAGGUGCAGGACCUAAAGGCGAACCGGGCAUCCCAGGCAGGGACGGGAAGGAUGGCACUCAAGGGCUGGACGGUGAAAAGGGAGAUGCUGGGAGACCUGGAGUACCUGGUGAGAAAGGACCUAACGGCCUGCCUGGUUUGCCGGGAAAAGCUGGUGCCAAAGGUGCCAAAGGAGGAGUUGGCAGUCCAGGAAAGAUGGGAGAAGCAGGACCGUCUGGAGAGCCAGGUAUACCUGGUGAGAUUGGCAUCCCUGGAGAGAGAGGAGAGGCUGGACCCAGAGGUGUGGCUGGUGGCAUUGGACUAGCUGGAAACCCUGGACCACAAGGUGUUAAAGGAUUCCAGGUGAGUUGCAUUAAGGGUUCAUGUCAAUCUCUCUGUCUCUCUCUCGCUCUCUCUGUCUCUCUCUCGCUCUCUCUGUCUCUCUCUCUCUCUCUCUCUCUCUCUCUGUCUCUCUCUUUCUAUCAGGGUCCAGUUGGAGCUGGAGGGCCUAAAGGAGACAUGGGAGUUGCUGGAAGUGAUGGUUUACCGGGGGAGAACGGGGAGCCCGGUCCUUAUGGUCCCGUUGGACAGAAAGGAGAGUCCGGUAAGCGUGGUGAGCUGGGAGCCAAAGGAGUUGUAGGACCACAGGGAGAGACUGGAGCCAGGGGGGCACCUGGAAAACCAGGACCAAUGGGAUUUCAAGGAGAACAAGGUUUUCCAGGAGUUGCUGGAAAGACUGGUGUUCCUGGCAAACUGGCUAGUGAGCAGCACAUCAGAGAACUGUGUAGCUCCAUGAUUGAUGAUCAGAUAGCUCAGCUCGCUGCUAACCUGAGAAGACCUCUGGCUCCUGGUGCUGUGGGACGGCCUGGACCACCGGGGCCUCCAGGAAAGCCAGGAGAAGUUGGAUCCAUUGGUCACCCUGGAGCCCUUGGCCCGCCAGGUUAUAGAGGACUGCCAGGAGAUCUCGGUGAUCCUGGUCCUCGAGGAGAUGUCGGUGAGCCAGGUGAUAAGGGGCCUGUAGGUAAAGCGAUCGAAGGGCCCACUGGAGACCAGGGUGACCCGGGUCUGCCAGGCGUGCAUGGCAUUGUCAAAGAUGGCCGUGACGGAGCACCUGGAGAUCCAGGAGAAGCAGGAGAAGCAGGAAGAGCCGGCAGACCGGGACACCAGGGAUCACCCGGAAUCUGUGACACAUCAGCGUGUCAAGGAGCCGCGGUUCACGGGAAGUCAUCCAACCCCAAGAACCAUUAACAGGAGAAACUACAGAACUCCCUUUCAGGAACGCUUCUGGAGGAGAAACAGAACUGAAGAAGUGUCAGUGGAUGUCAAACCAGCAUUUUCAGAGCCGAAGGAACAUUGAGCAUCAGAGAGGAACGUUCAUGAUUUCCUCUGUGUAACUCAAGAGGCUUGAAGUACCAACAUGUGUAGAUACAACAAAAGACUAAAUACAUCACACCGUGAAACUAGUUGAUGUGAAAAAUAAUUCAGUCAUUGUAUUAGAAGUCUUCUUGUACAGCACCCUUUAAAAGUGUAAUGGAGUACAACUUUGAGCUUCAUGAGGGGUUUUACAGUACCUCAAAACCUGACCUCAACAACAGCAAAAAAACAAACAAGCAAACUAGAGGCUUGUUUGAGGCAUCAAGAAAUGAAACCAAAAUAUUGGAUAUAUUUCUGCAAAUUGAUUUUCUUUUUUAGCUCUUAAAUGUUUAACAUUCAAAGUCACUGUUUGAUGAAGAAACUUCAAGCAUCGAUUGAGAUGCUUCAGACACACUUACUGUAAAAUAUGUCAUUGGCCAUCUGUGGGCUUUAUCAACCUUAUCCACUAGAUAAUGGUGCUGUAAAACUAUUAAAUAUGAUUUUAAAUACUAUUUAUUUUUUCUGAGUUACUGUUGUGUGUACAGUGUUUCUACAGCAUGGUAUUGUAAGAAAAACUGAAUAAAGCCACUUUUCAGUAAA